UGCUUUCAAAUUUUGAAAUAUCUGAAAGCUUGGUGAUCUUUUAAUAGUCAGAGCUUUACAAAAGAUGCAAAAAGUGCAAGCCCCUUUUUUAAAAAUUUUGUAUCAGUGAACAUUUUACACUCAUAUUUUUAAACAGAAUGAGUUAUAAAGAAGAUCUAAAUGAUAGAAAUAAAGAUAUAUUGGAAGUAAAAAAAAUAGAUGACGAAACUCGUGACUUUCUCGGAGUUUCAAUUUUAAAGUUUCUUGACAAAAAAAAUUUGUUAAAUAAUCCUGCAAAACUAGCUCUUUUUUCUUAUUCUCAUCUACUUCAUUGGAAAUUCAGUCCUGAUACAAUCUCAAAAUGUAAAACGAGCAGUAAUUUAAAUUUUGAGACGGCACAAAACUAUUUUAAGCAUACGGAAAAGUUUAAACAAAUUCCAUUUCAUGUGAGAUCACUUGAUAAUUUAACGGAAGGAGGAAUCGAUGUAGGAUCAAUAACAGAAAUUUUUGGAGAGGCUGGAAGUGGUAAAAGUCAAAUUUGUUUUCAACUUGCAUUAAAUUGUCAGCUCUCGUCAGAAGUAAUGGCAUCCCCAGGAAAAGCUUUAUACAUAAGCACUGAUAAACGUAUAUCGACAGAAAGAAUAAACCAAAUGUCUAGAGCGUUUAAGGAAAGGUUUAAAAAUCAUCCUUCUGUUCAAGAUCUGAAAUGUCUCGAUAAUAUUUACGUCGAAGAAUAUAAUACAGUUGAGGAUUUUCGGAGAACAAUAUUGAAAUUACAACGUAAUCAUGAAAUCCUUAGUAAUCUUAAAGUUCUCAUAAUAGACUCUAUAGCUGGAAUAUUUCGCCAUGAGAAUAACUACAUAAAAAGAUCAAAAGAUAUUCGAGAAACCUUUCAGUUAUUUGAACGAUUCGCAGUUAAAUAUAAUUUUGCAAUAUUAGUGACAAAUCAUCUGACAUCUAUUCCAGAAACCCAAAAGCAAACAGCUUCACUAGGAUCAACAUGGGACUCUUUAGUGUCUACUAAAAUAAAAAUUGAAAAACUAUUAAAUUUUGAAGAUUCUGAAAACGAAUCACAUCAAGUCCGAUUAAUGUCCAUUGUGUAUAGUCCCAGACUUCCAUGUAGUAAAGCUAAAUUUUCUAUAAAUAGCUCCAGUUUAGCUGACGAAGUAAAUCCAAAAGCAUAUCCUCUUGCGGAUGCAACAUUGACGACUAAGAUCAUGACUUUGAUCCAGCAAGCUGUUAACUACAAACAGUUAAGACGUGGAGCCAAUGAAGCAACUAAAACUUUGAAUCGCGGUCUUUCGGAAUUUAUUGUCAUGGCAGCUGAUGCUGAACCUUUGGAAAUUCUUUUACAUUUACCAUUACUUUGUGAGGACAAGAACGUUCCUUACGUUUUUGUCCGCUCCAAGCAGGCCUUAGGAAGAGCUUGUGGUGUAUCUCGACCCAUCAUUGCUUGCAGUGUAACUUCAAAUGAGGGUUCGCAAUUAAAACCUCAAAUAACAACCAUUCAACAAGAAAUCGAAAAACUCUUGGUUUAAACCGUUUAUUCUUAUCGAUCUCAGGCUGAUCCAAUACAAAAGCUUCAUAUUUGGUUUUUUUAACAUAUAUGUUAAGAAGAAUUUUCUUUUGUAAUAAAUAGAUUAAGGAAGACAAUAUAUGAUAAUCUUAUGUAUAAAUUGA